ACCGUACCAGCUCGCCCACCACGUGCACGCUGCAGGCUAGGCGCGCUGUGUACGUGUGCGUCAAGCAACGUCAUUGACUUGACUGCAUGCCAGGCUCUGAGGAACAUAGGAGAAGUCGAAACGUGCUGAUUAUUUUUCAUUCUACAACAAUCACCCUCAAAAGUGGAGUCUGAAUUAAUAUGGCUAAAACAAAGCACCAAGAGCUCAAGCCUGCCUCGCCUGAGGCUGUGGACGACAGCCAAGAUGGGGAUGAGAACAAGAUCCGUGGUAACUGGACCAAUCGUUGUGACUUCAUGUUGUCAGUAAUUGGAUAUGCCGUAGGACUCGGCAAUGUCUGGCGAUUCCCGUACCUCUGCUAUCGAAAUGGAGGCGGGGCAUUCCUGAUUCCGUAUCUGAUGAUGCUGUGCCUUGCUGGCUUCCCGCUUUUCAUCAUGGAAGUCGGGCACGGCCAGUUUGCCAGCAAAGGAUGCAUCGGCGCUUGGUCCAUUGCUCCCAUUUUUAAAGGUAUCGGCUAUUCCAUGUGCUGUGUGACCGUCUUGUGUUGUAUCUAUUACAACGUCAUCAUCGGCUACACAAUAUUCUACUUCUACUCCUCCUUCACGGGCGAGGUGCCGUGGAAGAGCUGCAACAACACGUGGAACACGGACACCUGCAUGACGGCCAACUUCACCGAGGACGCCACCCGACCAUCCUCAGAAUUCUGGAACAACAUGGUUCUAGCGCGCUCGGAGGGCUUGCAUGAGAUGGGAACAAUCAGAUGGCAGAACCUCGUUUGUCUGAUCGUCGCCUGGAUCAUUGUCUUCCUGUGCAUCAGCAAGGGGGUCAAGUCCUCCGGAAAGGUUGUGUACUUUACUGCCACCUUUCCCUACGUUGUUCUGUUCAUCCUGUUGAUCAGGGGCGUCACCCUCCCAGGGUCUGCCCAGGGAAUCUUGUUCUACAUCCGGCCUGACUUCUCCCGCCUAGCUGAUGCUAAUGUCUGGAAGGACGGCGCAGUUCAGAUUUUCUACUCCCUGGGCCCGGCCUGGGGAGGCCUGCACACCAUGGCCAGCUACAACAAGUUCCGCAACAAUUUCUACAGGGAUUCCUUAAUUCUAGCCUGUGUCAACUGUGGGACUAGUAUCUUGGCCGGGUUUGUCAUCUUCUCAGUCAUUGGGUUCAUGGCCCACGAUAUGCAGCUGCCGAUUGCCAAUGUCACUGACACAGGUCCCGGCCUUGCCUUUGUGGCCUACCCAGAAGCCUUAGCCAGGAUGCCUGUCGCACCGCUCUGGUCUGUGCUCUUCUUCUUCAUGUUAUUCACACUGGGUCUCGACAGCCAGUUUGUCAUGAUGGAAACUGUCAUCACGGCCAUCUGCGACGAGCUGCAGAGCUUCUUCCCACGAAUCUUCAAGUUUAAGAUCUGGAUCACCCUGGCCACAUGCUUCGUCUGUUUCCUGCUGGCUUUACCCAUGGUGACAAAUGGAGGCAUCUAUAUCUUCUCUUUAAUGGAGACGUACUCUGCUGGUUUUUCUGUUCUGACUAUUGGAUUUGUAGAAGCAAUUGUCAUUGCCUACGUCUAUGGAGCUAAGCGUUUCCUGAAGGACAUGAAAGUCAUGCUGGGCUUUCAGCUCAAUAUCUACUGGAAGGUGUGCUGGAUGGUGUUAUCACCAGCUAUCAUUGCGUUCAUCUUCGUGUUUUGGGCGGUCACCUAUGAGUCUUUGACGUACUACGAGUACACCUACCCUCUGUGGGCUGAGUUACUGGGCUGGCUGAUGAUUAUGGCAGGUGUGAUUUUCAUGCCAGCCUACGCCAUCUACUAUGUCAUAAUCUACGGCAAGGGUACCGUGAGAGAGCGAUUUGCCCAAGGCCUACGGCCGGAGGAAAGCUGGGGUCCUGCACUGGACAAACACCGGCUGGAAGCUGGUUACCCACUCCUGCACCAGAACGAGACAGGGGUACCGACCAAGAUGCUCAACGGGGAAAGCUACGAGAUGAUUCCCGCAAACGGCAUCUCAAAUACUAAAGGUGUAGAACCGGUCUAGGCACGUUAAACGAAAAACAAGAUUAGAACGGUCAUGCAUGAUACAGGCAUUAGAGUCAGCUUUUUCCUAUUUAGUUUAAUUUAUUUAUUAUUUUUGUAGAGUAAUAUUAACUUGUUAUCGUAAUAAUGUAGUAAUAUGUAGACUUAAAAAUGUGCCGAUUGAGAAAGUUAUAAGUUUCUGAUUUUAUUUUGCUACGCACAAUUUUGGAAUAAGCCAUUUUAGAAACAGAGUUGCUCUGCAGGUGCAGGAGUAAGAUUUCUAUAUCCAUAGAAUAUGUUAUGUUGUAUGGUAAUCAUAUAGAUCUGUUCUCUAACAAACAACUCUGAGGGUAGGGGAUGUGGAUGGUGUAUUAUAUUUUUUUGUCUCCUGUUUAGUGUUUGCUGUCGGAAAUACUUUGGGGGUGGGUCAGUUUUAAUUACGGAACUAACCAGAGCUGUCCGGAGAGUGGUGGUCUUCAUAAAGAAAUUCCCAACUUGGAAGCAGAAUACGCUAAAGAAGUGGUUACGUCGUGCGUUGCUGCGGUCAAGCGUUGCCGCGGUCACGUGUUCCACACAAACCUGGCCUUGCGUAGCGAUAGCACGGUGCCCAGUAACUGCCCACUUUUUUUUACCAAGUUUUUAUCCGUUGGAAAAUAUAAAUAACGGCAUCCAUCACGUUCUGAUUGAUGAAUACAGUUAGCUACGUAGCACGGUCCCAUUUUCCAGUCUGAUUUAUUCUUCAUGUCUGAGAAAUCUCAACCAGAAAAUGUUCACUUAAAUUUCCCGUGCAAACUACAGGGUAAAAAUGGAGGAGACAUUGUGUGGAACGGUCGCUAUGGAGACGACCCCGCGUGACGUCACACUUCUACAGCGUAUUCAGUUUUCAUGUUAACAAGCUUCACUGAUGAUAGUGCCUUCAGCUUUGUAUUCAACAGGUUUACCACAUUAACAGAUGCCAACAAGUUUUUGGAUGGAAUCGAGGUAUUUGUGACAAAAAAUGAAUUCCUUGCUAAAUGCUUGAUGUUUCCCCAUACAUUUUUUGGUAAUAAAAUGGAAUUUCCAAAUAACCCGUCAAGUACAAAAUGACACACAGACAACCUUUGGUUAAAACUUUUAAAACAGGAACGUCAACCGAAAAUAAUUUGUAGGGGCCCAGUAAUAGCUAUUACAUUAAACCUAGUGAAUCAGUGAAACAUAAGUUAUGCAGUAUUUGUGCUCCAUGCCAAUGUAUCGAUUGUGCUGCAAUGACCACACCGUAUAUAUUUUAAACUUGAGAACGGAGUUUUUGGUCCUUUUUACUGAUACGCCACAUUUAUAAUCAUUUUUGUGAACUGUUUGUCCAAAACGAAAAUAUGGUAAUUAUGAGUUACAAGGAAGUCAUGUUUUGUGAUGAAGACACAUGGGUUUUCACCCAUAAUCUCAAAAGGUAGUGUAUCCACUAAGUGGAAAUUUGCAGGUAAUUUUUUUUUUUUCACAAUCUGCAUCACCAUUUUUUUUUUAAACGAAAUGCAGGAACACUAUGCAUGAAAUACAAGUGGUCCUUUUGGCCUGGAAUAACGAAUUUUGGUUAGUGCAACUUCCAUGAAGUAAUACUAGAAAAAGAAAAAUUAGUCGUGUUUGUCUCGUCAUUGUUUUACGCAUUUUACGCAUUUGUGAUAGUGUUCAUCACAAUUAUGGAGAUAGUGAAAUACCACUUGAUAUUUUUUAUUUGAGAGCAAUCCUGGUAAUACGUAUUCAAAAAUGCGAUUUUUCAAAAGACAUAAGGGUAAUGAGGUCCGAUUAUCAUGAAACUUGGUGGAUAGGUAGAUACUGUAACUAGUAUGAAAAAUACGAAGUGACAUCAUGAUGACUUCAUCUACUGAUUUUUUAUACAUUUAAAAAAAAUUUUACAUCUGUUUCUACUCUUGACAUAAAAUGAAAUCAGAUUGACAAGUGACGUGAUGAAGUCAUUAUGGGUCACGUGAUGUCAUCUUAAAUGUGCAUGAUUCAAAGUCGCAUAUCUAGAGAACUAUAAGUCUGAUUGGGUUGAAACGAGGUAUGUACUUAGACCCAAAUGUGUUAUAGAUAACAAACAUUGAUAUUGUCCUCAUCCGGGCAUUUUAUCAAAUUUCGCUGGUUCCCGCACAAGCGAGAGCAUAGGAACUCUCAGUCGUCAACCAGUCAGCAGAGCAUAGCGCACCGUACCGUCAGAUGCAGCGCGCAGCAGGGUAUACGCGCACUGUUGUCAACGACCACAAUGGCAGCUUCUAGCGGUGCGAAGUAAAGUAAGCAAAGAAUAAUCAACGAAAUUUGAGAAAUAAAGACAUUGUCCUGAAAUUUAUUUCUUGCGGAUCAAGUCAGCCUGCUAUAAAUAAUAACUAUAUUGGAUGGCUUUUUGCGGGGGAUACAAGAAUGUAUUGCACUCGCUAUAACAAUAUGGCACUCCUCUUCGACUCGUGUAAUAUUGUUAUAGCUCGUGCAAUAUAUGCUUGUAGCCCCCUCAAAGGCAUCCGUAUAUAUAAUUAUUCCUAAUUAUGUUAUUUUUGUAUUUUGUUCAUUUGGUGUCCUAUUUUCUUUACCUCUUCCUAAUUUUAUACUAGUUUUUGUGUCUUGUAUAUUUGUAUUCCAAAUUGUAAUUCAUUGUGCUCGAGCAAAAUCAUAUUCAGAAAAGAUUUCCUUUUCUGUCGGAGUUAACACAGUAGAAACGUCAGGUCCUUGUUCUAAGUAUUAUAAAAAAAAACUGCAAAGUAAAUAAUUUAUAAUGUUCCCUUACAAUGCAUCCACGUUUGAAACAAUGCUGUGUGAAAGAUAUAUUCUGGUGUUUUAUUGGUUCAUGACUUGCCUAUUAGUCUGGUAAGGUAGACAAUAUUUUAUUUUUUUAUAAAUUUUUUGGCCGAUAUGUAAAAGUUUGUUAAGCUCUUAACACAUCAGAGAGCUUUGUUGUUACAAUGUCUGAACAGUUAUUGAAUACAUAGAACAAUUAGAGGAUUCAUUUGAAUAUUAUAGAGUGACCUUUUGAGGGGAAAAAAUCCAAAACUUAAAAAAAAAACACAAUUGGACCUUGACAGGCGAUUCAUACAUGUUAAAUUUUUUCUAGGGUGAGGUGGAAGGGCUGUUGUGAGGAAAAUAUUUUUCUAUAUUCCACGGCCAACUUUAUGGCUGACACGUCAAGUCUAGAAGUUCUAUUUAUUUGACAUUGCGUUCAGGGAAAUAAUUUAUUGUCCACCCGGGGCAAGUUCGAUCAAGACCAUAGUUAACCAUAGUUUGACUAGCCCUGAUCAAUGGAACGUACGCUAGUCAACGACGGUUGGACUAGUCUAGUCCACUACUCAGGACCAGUCUAUCGCGGUUGAGGAAUGACAAUUUAUAGCUGGUUAUUAAUAGCAAUUUCCAUAGCAAAGUUACGAUUCUGUCACUUUUGUUAACCAUUGUAAAUUUAUAAUGGCGAUUAUGUAAGAUGUCCUAAACUACACAAUCACUUUAAUUUGUGUAAAUAGAAACAAGUGUUGAACAAUUGUUGGACUGGAGUCGUUUGCACUUCAACUUCAGUGCGCAUGUGCAAGGUACGUCACGACCCAACCACUAGUUCCUUGAUUGAACUUGGUCCUUUUAGAUGACUCAAUAUUUCAGUUUUGUUCUUCAAGUGCUGACGAAAUGGAUGCAAACAAUUACUUGUUGCCAUGGAAACACUGUAAUAUUUAAAGUUUGAUCUUACCUAUUACAACGACUACCGCAAACUAAACUGGCUGAAUGUGUUAUUUUGGUGCUCUAUUCUUUCGCAUUCAGUUCAAUUCAUUUGAAAAUACAUGUACUUUAUUUAUCCUUAACAGCCCAUGCUUUUUUUAAGUAGAUAUUUUUGGGGGUGGGGAAUCAUAUUUUAGCUAAUAUGAUCACAAAACUAAUUCAGUGCAUAUUAUACAUUGUAUUUUUUUUUCCUAUUAAUUGAAGAUACAUGGUAAUGACUUUUUUUUCUUUGGCUUGUAAAUACAUGUAUACGGAACUCAACAUUAAAUGUUGGUGAAGGAUAACUGUACGGUUUGCAACUUUUUGUCUCCAUAGUGUAUGUUCAUUGUUAAAAACUGCUGCAGCUGAGUCAAUAAAUUGACCUUCAGUUUCAUUAGGACUAAA